CAUAAACUGUGGGUUUUUCUUCCUCAGGCGGAAACACGAGCUGUGGUCGAGCUAUUAGCUGCUUUAUCAUAAUAUUCAACAUUACGAUCGCAACUCGGCGUCAUACUAACACAUUAAGGACUGAUAUAUUUAUUAUAUACAUACUGCAGGUCUUACUCAACUAGUCGGACUUAGUGUUUGUGAUUUAAUUUACUGAAGUAAACUUUAGACAGAGAUUCGUUUCUGACUAGCAGCCCGAGCUAACAGCUAAACUAGCGCAAAAUGCUAAAAACAACUUAAUCUCUAUUAUUUUCACAUUUUAUUGUCAUUGAUUGUAAGUUUGCGAAUGUCUUUCCUCUCUGAAACACAUUUUGUAUACAGAUGCCAACAUUUUCAAGCUCUAUAAAUGAGCUGGAGUAAAUGAUCAGUUAGUUCUGCUUUAAAUACGAAUGUUUGUGAUAAAAUGGAUCUUUUAAUUCAUCAAUUCAUCAAUAAAAUGAACAACAACAUAAGCAGACUUCAUUAUAACUCAUAUGAGGAUGAUUCAGGGGCAUCCAGGGUUCAUGUGCUGAACUCAGGGCCUCCUCAUGUAAGCCCAACCAAGAGAAAACACCGUGAGGACCACGACUCGGAUGAAGAACACAUGAACAAAACAAGUCGCUUACUGGCGUCACAUCUGAGGAGUCCUAAUGGAGACACUGUGAAUCCGGAAUCAUGGAAUCACAAUCAUAAUCAUCAUGUGUUUGCACCAUUCCCCAUAUUUGCAAUGGAUCAGCCACUUGCAUUGACCAAACACAGCUCAGAUUCGGCCAGGAGUACUCGACUGUCACCUGGACCCAACACACAGCUCCAGCAGAAUCGUCCAUCUGUGAUCACGUGUGCCCCUGCGAGCAGCUGCACCUGCAGUCUGUCCAGCUGUCACAUGUCUCAUAACAGCUGCAGCUCUGGAUCCACCAACAAGACCAAUGCAAACACUGUGUGUGACCCUGUGAUCGAAGAGCACUUCCGCCGCAGUCUAGGGGACAUCUAUAAAGAGCCGGAGCCUGUCUCUAACUCAGUGUCCAUCACUGGCUCUGUGGAUGACCACUUCACUAAAGCACUGGGCGACACCUGGUUACAGAUCAAAGCCAGGGGCCACGGCCCUACAACCCCACAGCCUAAAUCAUCCUGAGGGCCGAUGUUAAACCUGUCUAAACACCUUGAGAUGACCCAUGAUGAUGGCAACAACUUAAAAACAGUUGGGCCUUUAAGAAGAACCCAUGAGUUUAGUUUGAAUGACAUCAGAGCAGUGUUAUGUGGAAUUUGAUAGGUGGUGACAUAAGUCUUUAGGUUUUACAGAUCAAAGUGAGACUGUUAUCAUGUUGUUUCACCCAGUUUCAUGUGUGAUUUGUGAUAGAGUUAUAAUCUGUGAUACAGGUUGAAAAUGAUUUCCUCCUUUACACGUUUAUGAAUCCAUCAAGUGCUUUUAACCAACAAUGUCCAAAGAUUGAUCUAAUAAUCCACAAGCUAACAUUUGUUCGGUCAUCAUUCCAAGAAAUAUGUGGCUCAUAUUUCACCCCAAAAUCAAAAGAAAAAAUAAGAAUUAUAUUUUAUAAUUUAUAAUGAAAUUAUAAUUAUUAUAUUAUAAAUAAUAUUGUUACAGUUUAAAAAUAAUUUAUAUUUAUUAAAAAAAUGAAGCCUAUAUUUAGGACCAUACAUUGCAUUUGCAUUAUUUUUUAUGACAUUUAAGCAUAUUUUACCAACCAUUUCAUGAAAUGCUUAAUUGGAAAAAAUAAAAAAUAAUAUAUAUAUAUAUAUAGUACAGUACAGUGCAAAAGUUUUAGGCACAUAAUAUAUUUCACAAAAGCGUUUGUCUUAAAAUGGUUAUUUAUAUUUUCAGCUUUAGUGUGUCAAUAGGAAAUAUAAAUGUUAGACUCCCAAACAUUACUUUUGCAAAUAGAAAAGAAUAGAAUAGAAGAACAGGGAGCCCUGCAACAGAUGUCAUCGCCCUCACAGCCACUGAACAUCGUGUCAGUCUGAGAUUACAUAAAAAGACAGAAGCAGUUGAGACAGUCUAAACAGAUAGAAGAACUGUGACGAAUUCUCCAAGAAGCUUGGAACAUCCUAUCUGCCAACAACCAUUAAAAACUGUGUCCAGGUGUACCUAGGAGAACUGGUGCUGUUUUAAAGGCAAAAGUGGUCACACGAAUAUUGAUUUAACUUUUGUAUGUUUACUGGACUUUGUAUGACAUUAAGUGAUAAAUGAAAACUAUGUAUUUCAUUAUUUUUGAAGACAUCCUCACUAUGCAACAUUUUUCACAAGUGCCUAAAACUUUUGCAUAUACAGUGUGUAUAUAUAUAUAUAAUGUACUUGGAAAUUUUUUCCCACAUUUCAUUAAUGCUUGCUUGUCAGGAAAGUAAUGUAACAAAGGAAAAAAAUAGGCUUUAUUCUUUUGAUUUUGGUGUGACAUAUUUCAUGACAUUCACCCCUUUAUCUUUCUUUAAUGCAUGAUGUUAAAACUGUUAUAGCUGGUAUCAAUUGUAGACUUAUUUACACUCUUCACUCAGAUAUCUUUAUUUUUGUCAAGUAACCGACUGCUGGGACAGUGUACUCGAUAUUUUUUUUAUAACGUAUUUCACGAAAAGUCUAAGCAGCUGGUUUGUACGUGACUGAAUGAUGUAUACACCUGCUGAUAGAUUAUCCAUAUAUCAAUGCCAAUGAAGACGUUUAAUGCAUAAUGAGUGUGAAGUGUGUACACUGCCUCUUUACAUGACUCUUGACGAGUCGUUUGCUGGCUUGUUUGAUUACUAUGUAGAUUUUUAGAAACCAAAGCUUAUUUCAGUUAAGUAGAUUUUAAACACUUUUAAUGCGAUCAGUACAGGCAACAGAUCACCCUGUUUGUGUUAAACUGUCCUGUGCAUUCAUUUCAAUAUCAAAUACACUUUUCUGUUUUUAUAACUCUGAAACAGUCUUUUUCUGCAGCAUAUGGACUGAAUUAUAAUGUAAAUGCUUUUUUUUUUUUUUUUUUUGGCGACUGAUUCCGUUUAUGCUAUUUAAUAACAGUCACUCAUCGUUUGUAUUUUCCUUUUUAUGUUUUAAUGAAUAUAAAUUACCAUCAUUGCGCCGUGCGUUAUGAAUACACAGUUUUAGUAACUUGUAUUACUGUUUAACUGUCAUUAACCAUUGUGCAUGCUAGUCCAAUUUCCCUUUGUAAUAUAUGUCAGAUGUUGAUUUAGAUUUAGUGAUACAGUAAUGCUGUCAUGUUUGAAGCCAUCUGAGAUUGCUACACUGAAAGUAGUUUAGUGGCCGAAUGACCAGUCUCUUGAUUGACCUGUUUGACAUGGGUAGAGCUACAUUCACAUGGAACUGAUAGUAACACAACGUAUAAUGUUGAUAUGAGUGACUGUGCCUUCAAAUGCUACAUUUAUAAAAGAAAAUCUUCUUUGAAUGUGACAUCAGUUUGCAACUUUUUGUUUUUCUUUGUUUUAUUUCUUUAAAUACCACUUUUAUAUUUUUACAUUAAAUAAAAUCACAUCAC